GCAGCUCUAACCCCCAAAUCCCCCCCCCCCCACCCCACACAAACCACUCUCCAGAUUUGCCCGCUCCGCCACCGCCAGAUCGCACCGCGCGCGGCCCCGGCGGCCGGAUCCACCCCUCCCCUCCCGGCCUUUCCCCAGGGACAUGGGAAUGGAGGUCGAAGCAGCACCAGUGCAGGUUAAAGUAGCUGAUGCAGAAGUGCCCCUUUUCCAGGACACGGAAAGUAAAGCGACUGCAAAGGAGCGUGAGGAAGCAGCUGUUUUUGGUGCAGACAAUGGCAAAGUUGCAGCAAAUGCCACAAAUGACUUGGCACCUCCAAAGGACGCAGUGGAGGACUGGCCUGAGCCUAAGCAAACUUACACCUUCUACUUCGUCAAGAUCCGCUCAUUUGAGGACCCUAAGCUCAGAGCAAAACUCGAGCAGGCUGACAAGGACUUCCAAAAUAAGAUCCAAGCUCGGUCAAAGAUUUUUGAGGCUAUAAAAGCUAAGAAGACUGAGCGUUCCGCCAUUAUCGCGGAGCUCAAGCCAUUGAGUGCUGAGAACAGGCAAUAUAAUGAAGCAUUUAAUGUGAAGUUGAAGGAGAUUGAACCUUUUAGAAACCGUUUAGGCAAGUUCCGUGACGAAAAUAUUUCUAUGAGGGCGGAGAGUGCAGGUUUGUGCUCUUCACUUGAAGAGCUUGAGCAAGAGAUCAAGAGAUUGGAACACCGCAUAGCUCAUGAGAGCAUACCCUUCGACGAGGAGAAGCGGUUGAUCAAAGAAAUCAAGAAUCUUGAAAAAACCAGACCAAAGGUCUCUUCCAAUGCUGCUAAGCGAGCUAAAUUGCAAGAUACUGUGGUUGAAAGAGACGCCAUACAGGAUCAGGUCAAAAUCAUUGGGGAGGGUCUGGAUGGAGUAAAGAAGGACCGCCAAGAAGUCAGGUCUAAGAUUAAGGUCCUGGAGGAUGAGCUAAAGAUUGUUGAUGCUGAGUAUCAAGCGCUUCAAGAAGAUUUAGACGCAGCCACCGCCAGAAAGGACAAGGCGUACGAUUCACUGAACGAACUGAGGAAAGCACGAGAUGCUAACAACGCAUCCUUCUAUCAAAAUCGCAAUGUCCUGAACAGAGCUAGGGAACAUUCUUCUAGGAGUGAGGUGGAAGAAUUGCAAGAGCUCCAGAAGACUGAGGUUGAGAAGUUCAUGACAGAAUGGUGUGGCAGCAAGGCCUUUAGAGAGGACUAUGAGAAGCGGACCCUCACCUCCCUUAAUGGCCGGCAGCUGACCCGGGAUGGCCGGAUGAGGAAUCCUGACGAGAAGCCCAUAUUUAUCGAAACACACCAGCCAGCACCACCUGUGGUGCAGGAGCCUAUCCCAUCAAAGGUGCCUUCAAAACCAGCAAAGGAAGCUGUUGCUCCCCAAGCCGGUGCUCCCAAGGAUGAGCCCCUUGCAAAGGCAUCUGCCAAGGUAAAAGCUGCUGCGGUUGCUGAUGAUGUCUAUGAGGCUGAGCCUGCCAAGGAGAAGCCCAAGCCUAAAGAGGUUGAUGUAGCAAAGUUGAAAGAGAUCAAGAGACAGGAGGAAAUUGAGAAGAAUAAAAUUGCUUUGGAAAGGAAGAAGAAGCAGGCUGAGAAGCAAGCAGCGAAGGCUGCAGCCCGAGCACAAAAGGAAGCUGAGAAGAAGCUUAAGAAAGAGGAGAAGAAAAUCAAGAAGAAGAAUGGGGAGACCGACGAGCCAACUGACUCGGACACCAAGUCUGAUGAAGCAGCAGAAACCCAAGCGGAGGAGGACUUGGCUCCAGUUUCUGUCACAGUGAACAAAGAACAGAAGGAGAGAGUACGGUCCAGAAGUGCAUUCACCAAGAGCAAGGCCCCGCUGCCAAAGGCAAUCCUAAAGAGGAAGAAAGCCCAGUCGUACUGGUCAUGGGCUACCCCAGCUGCGGCGAUGGCUGCGGUUGCCGUGCUUGUCGCCCUGCUCGCGGUGCUGGGCUACUACCAGUACUACCGCCCGGCGAGCACCAGCAACUGAUGGAAGGAAAGGCCCGUGCACCCGCCGCCCUCAGAGUCUGAUGCUUACUGGACCAAUUUUGCAGGUGAGAGCAACAGAGUGCGUGGUCUGCUGAGGACCUGAACUAAAAGACUGUAGAACCUAUUCGUUUCUGUUAAUGUGUUUGUUCGGUGGAUAAAAAGUUGCAGUUAAUUUUGGUUGGGACCUAGAGUCUAUAUACUGCGAGUGAUAUCAUGUACUUUUAAAAGUGAAGAAUAGAUUGCCGUCUGAAAUAAGUAUGCAUGUAAACAUGCUGUUUGUG